AUGGAGUAUUUGCAUGAACCUCCUAUUUUAAUGCCUCCUGUACCCGGAAAGCCAUUGAUCAUGUACCUCACUUUCCUUGAGGGAUCCAUGGAAUGCGUCCUUGGCCAACAUGACGAAACUGGUAUAAAGGAGCAUGUUAUAUACUACUUAAGUAAAAAGUUCACUGAUCACGAAAGUAGGUAUUCAAUGCUUGAAAAGACUAGUUAUGCAUUAGCUUGGGAUGCCAAACGCUUAAGACAAUACAUGCUCACUCAUACAACAUUGUUGAUCUCUAAGAUGGACCCCGUCAAGUACAUCUUUGAGAAGCCUGCUCUAACCGGUAUAGUAGCCCGAUGGCAAAUGGCGUUAACCGUGUACGACAUCCAACAUGUAACUAAAAAGGCCAUCAAAGGGAGUGUAUUGUUCGACUAUCUUGUACAACAUCCCUUGGAGGACUACCAAUCUAUGUGUUUUGAAUUUCCCUAUGAAGAUAUCAUGUUGAUUAGGGAUUGCAACAUCCCCAGCCCUGAGGAAGGACCCGAUCCUGGAUCCCGAUGGACCUUGGUUUUGGAUGGAGCUUCUAACGCUCACGACAAUGGCAUUGGAGCAGUUAUCACCUCCCCAACUGGUUUUCACCUCCCCUUCACCGCAAGGUUGUGUUUUGAAUGUACAAAAAAUAUGGAGGAGUACGAGGCUUGUAUCUUCGAUAUUGAAGCUGUAGUUGAUCUUAAGAUCAAAAAUCUUGAAGUCUACGGAGAUUCAGCCUUGGUGAUCAGCCAAGUCAAGGGAGAUUGUGACACUAGAGAUCACAAGCUCAUUCCUUACAAGGAGCAUGUCUUAUUACUAGUCCCCUACUUUCAUGAGAUCAUAUUCCAUCACAUCCCUCGAGAGAAGAAUCAGCUAGCCGACGCAUUGGAAACUUUGGCAUCCAUGUUUAAGGUCAAGUGGAAGAAUGAAGCACCACCCUUUCACCUCAACUACUUGGACGAGCCUGUUUAUUGUUUGGUGGCUGAAGCGGAAGUCGAUGGUUAUCCUUGGUUCUAUGAUAUCAUGAGAUUCCUAGAAUGCCAAGAAUACCCUAAGGACGCAUCCAUUACCGACAAGAAGUACCUUCAGAAACUGUCUUCCAAAUUAUCCUUAAGUGGAUGGGCAAUGUAUAAGAGAAAUUAUGAUUCGGUUUCGCUAAGAUGUAUGAACAAGCAAGAAACAAACCAAAUCAUAAUGGAAAUCCAUGAAGGCUCCUUUGGGAUGCAUGCCAGCAAACACACUACGGUGAAGAAAAUUUUGAGGGUCAGUUAUUAUUGGAUGACUAUGGAGGUUGACUGUCACCGCCACGUCCAAACAUGCCAUAAAUGCCAAAUUUACACCGACAAGAUCCAUGUUCCGCCAAUGCCGCUCAAUGUAUUGACAUCUACUUAG